AUGAGUUCCAAAGAAAUUCAAUUUACUAAAGAGAAUGGAGAAUUAAUACCUUUUUACGAAGAAAUUCGUUACAUAAUAUCGAAGAUGAAUAAACUUGAACUUGUUAGUGAUGUGGAGGUUCUCGUGCAUGUAAUUUGCGAACAAAAUCAAGAAAAUAAGAUGCCAACACAUCCUUAUAAUUAUUCCUUGCCUGUAGGCAAAAAACUUGCGGAAAUUAGAGAAAUCUUCGAAAAAGAAGGUGAAAAGGAUGCGAAUUCUCUACGUAUGGGGUCAAAUUGUUCCUUUGUGCACAAUAAUGGGGGGGUGAUUCUAAAGGAAGGAGAAGAAAAAUAUAAAUUAUCAACAAUUUUAAAAUUUGAAAAUAAUAAAAAUAAUUUAUAUAUUCAACGUACGUUGAAUCCAGAUUGGAAGCGACUGAUUAAAUUGUGCGAAAAUGGAUUUCAUUUUAAAGAAUAUUAUGCUGAAAAAAUAGAUCAAGCACGUAAACGAGCAUACAAAUUUAGUAUGAAAAACAAACCAAUUAAUACAUGCGAAGAAGAUUACUUGGAAUGUGAAAAUAAAUUUGAAGAAAUGUUUAAACGAAAUUUUAUUUCUUAUGGGAAUGCUCCUAUCUCCACACCUCUAUUACCAUGGCUUUUGUUUUCUCUGGGUAUCUCAUAUGAAAGAUCGAGCGAACUAUUAACAAAUUACGAAAAUUCUGAUUUGUAUUCGGUUACAAGGGUUGAGAAGGAAGAGGUAGAACUUAAAGAUAUAAAAUUAACCGAAGAUUUUGUUGGUGAAAUAGAAGAGGCGUUAAAGGAAAAAGACAAUGAUCAAAAGAUUAAAAAAUUGAGAGCUAUAUUAGACGAAUACGGCCAUUUUUAUGCAGAGUGCAUAACUUUAGGAGGAGUAAUUGUUACAAAUCAAACAGGCAAGAAAGAAACAUAUAAAACAACAAGCGGAAAAAAUAUUGGAGGAAAUAUUGCUGAAAAUAGAAUAAAUUGGAGAAAUAAAAAUUCUAACAGCGAAUCAAACAAAAAAGAUGCUUCAUUUCGUCGUAUUUUAGGUGGUGAUCAAAGUAAAUAUAAUGAUAACAAUAAAGGACCGUGGAUAGAUUCGCUUAAAAACUCCGAAAAUUGGGAAAUCGUUCGCUAUGAAAAAGUCCAUCCAAUAUUUAAUCUAUUGGAUCGCGAGUUAAAGAAAGAAGUGUUAAAAAUUUUUGGCUUGCAAAUCCGGAAAGCAAGUGUGGAUGAAAUUUCUGUCUUUUGGGAUCCGAAAAAGAAGACGCCAUAUGUUUAUAAAUUAUUUAAACAUCUAGAAAGCGUUGAUGACAUAGAAGAGUGUAAAAUUUUUGCUUCAUUAACUUGCAGAUCAAAAAACGAAAUAUUCUCUAUGAGACUUCAUUAUGAAAGCGAAAAAGAACCGACCAUCAUAAUUCAUAAGAUUGAUGACAACUCCAAGCAUUCGUCGAAGGUCAAAUGGUAUAAAAUUCGGAUAGAUUGGAUGGUUGAUGGCUACCCGACAGUGUUUGAUUUUGGCCAUCAAAAAAUAUUAUUUGAAAUCAACAAUCUUGAAAUAUCAGAUCCAGAAAAUCCGUGUUUGCGAAAAAAAUCUCACAUGCAGGAGUUGUCCGAAGAUUGCAUCUUGGGAACAAUUUCAUCAAACACAUUACCUACCCCGAAUAAAUCCUCAAUUACUGGCGAUAAUUAUAAUAAUCCAUAUAAAACCACAAUUGUAACCGGAAUUCAUUUUUCUCUUAAUGAACAUUUUGCAUAUGUAUUUGCAUAUGAUCUUGAAAAGAAAAAUAAAUUCGAAGAUAAAAAUUUUAUUAAAAGUUUAAAGUUUUAUUCAAGCACCAUCCACGAGAGAGGUUCAGAAUAUAAAGAUUAUAUGGGUCAGAUAAAUAUUGAUUGGAAUAAUGGUAUUAUCAAAAGACCUAAUAAGCUCUUGAAAAAAGAAGACAUAGAUAUUUGCCCUUUAUCAAAAAUUUUGAAUGAACGAACCAAAGAGAAAGGGCCCUCCUUAGCUUUGUUUGUGAACCAUUUCCGGGAACAAUCCAAAGAAUGCGGAAUUCUAAAUAUAUAUUCUAACAAUAUCUUAUAUCGACCAUUGAGCGAUAGUCGUUCUACCAAGCAAACAGGAAAACUUUCAUUCUUUUGUAUUCCAGUCUAA